AUGACACAAUCCCCAAAUGACGCCGACGUGAUCGCCCCUCACUCAGACAGCCUCUGCCGCCAGUUUAACCAGGACUAUCCAACCACCGUCCUCAACAUAGCCCGGUUCUUUAUCGGUUUCAAGGACCAGUCCAAGCACAUCAUCUCGGCCAGUGUCGUCCAGGUCUGUCAAGACGAUCUCAAGAUUGAUGGAGAGACGCUCAAGGGUGAACGGCUCAUGCUCUCGGUCUCCUUCCCGGACGGCCCGAUGCAGUCGUUGGCCAUGGCCAGGGAGGCGUUUUUGGACUUGGGCAAGAAGGCUGAUCGAGGCCUGCUUCACCAAACUGCCCUUCGUCCCAUCCCAGGCCAGCCUACAGGAUUAAAAGUCUACUGGCCCAAAUGGAGCCCCUUCCUCAUCACCCUCGCCGCAAGUGUCUCCUCCUUCUUUUACAUGUACUUCUUCCCCGACACCAAGAUCCCCCUCCUCCAAUGGACGAUGGAAAAGGUCGGCGGAUACGGCACCGUCCGGUCAUGUGUCCAUUUCGCGGUGUUCUUGCACGCGUUCCAGACGGCGACGGCGAUUCAUCUGAUGAGGAAUGUGUCCGCUUAUCGGUUCUCGUGGAAGCAGAUGGUGGUUUGGUGUGUGUGUGUGCAGUUCCUUGGGAUUGGGUCGAUGUUGAAGUUGUUGCCGAUUGUUUACAAUAGCAAGUUCGUGCAGGACGAGAACUUGAUGAUGGAGAAGAAAGGGGAGGGGUAUUAUCUGGAUGAGGAGGCUGCGUUGGAAGAGUAG